CGCCUCAACCAUAUCAUUUAAUGUCUUUUUCUCAGGAAAAAACAAUCUUAUGCAGUGUUAAGACAAAAUAUGACAAUAUUUUUCUUGCUUUAUCUUCUCCUUGCAAAACAAUAGCAUUUUUGCAGAUAUUUGCUAAUUCUAGACAUGAAAAGAGUAAUCGUAAUUACUUAGUGUACAAAGAAUCUCAGAUUCACUGUUCCUUACCUACUUAAAGAUGUUGCUCUCUUGUUGACCUUUGACCCUUGACCAUAUGAGGGGAUACAAGAAGCUAUAUUUUCUAGUAAGAGUAGCCUAAAUUAACUCUAUAAUUGGAUCAAGCUAUUGCAAUUAAGUCUAUGUAUUGGCAGAUAAAUAAUCAUUCUUAUUUUUUUGCUAAUUAUUUCGUUACAUGAGCUGCCAGAAUGAUUUAGGUCAGCAGGAGACUCAAUAGGAACUACAUUACCCACAAUGCAACAGCGCACCCUCACCACCAGCACAGUAUAGCCUCGUUCCAACAGACUGUACCGUCCUCCGCUCCGCCCUGCACGGUGAGCUGCACACAGAUCUACACACACGUGACGGGCAGUGAGUGCGCAGACAAUCCACGCGCCCCAACCAUCCCCAUGUUUUGCAGAUCGGUGACAGAAGAAACACUUGUUCCCACGUAUGUGGACUGCGCCCCGGUGUAUCUGGAUGCAAAGUCAGCCCACAGACUGACAGCUCGGUGCUCUAAAUGUCACGUCUCUUUGGGGAGGAAAAGGCUGUUUGAAUACGACGGAGCUCCGGACAGCUGGAUGAGCAGCCCGGACAAGGACUCCCGGGAGCGUUUUCGGUCUGUCGCCAAAUUGGGUUGCUGACCUGGAUGGUCCCUCUUUACUCGGAUGCAACCACACGCCCAUGCAACGAUGUCGGUGGAUGUUGCUGCCCUCCGUGUGCAGGUUAGGUUACAGUAAAGGCGAAAUGUUUACGUAUUAAAAUAAAGCUGUUUUGGGGCGGAAGACGCAGGCAGGAACUGGAUACGCACAAUAUUUUACGCGCAGAAGAAAUUAUUAUUACUAUAGUAUUAUGGGGAGCCGAUCUAUUUAUAAGGCAAAUAUGGAGCCUUAUUUCAUCUCGUCUACUCGGAUCAGAGAUAUGCUGCAAUGACUCCAUGCAAACCUUCACUGACAAUAUUUUCCACCUUGUUGCCGCCGUGUGAUGGUUUCUGUCUUUCCUAAAGGACUCGUUGACAUUUAAAACCCUCGCCACUAUUGAUCGAUGGUGUGAAACUACAAUGCGCGCUCUCGCGGCUGCAGGAUAAUAAUGAUAGACGCUGGCAUCUCUUUACUGUCUUCAGAGACUUUGUUUUCUCACCGAGGACUCGUCACCAUCACAAAUGUAGCCCGACUGAACCAGGCCGCUGCACAGAGACGGAGGCGGGUUUGUUGUGCUCAGACUUGGCUGGAUGCUGAACAUGGUGCCACUUUACAGCUCUGUCUGUGUUGAAUACCUGCCGCCCCGCUGUCGGCUUGUUUCUCUAAUUCCCCAGCUGUCUUAAAAUGGACUGGGCCCUUUUGAUAAAAGCUAUUCUUGAACCGGCUCGUGAGUUGGGGGCAUGCAUGUAGGAUUUAGCCUGGACCGGCUUGUCGGGAUGUAGGGCGAAUAUCUGCGGAUAUUUCCACAUAGAGGAGAAACAGCCCGUGUUCAUGGAGCGAUGGCCGGCGGGGGAGGUGCAUGUACACUGGGCUGGAUGAGAAAUAAUGAGGACCCCUGCUCAGAGGAUUUUAAACACAGACUGUGGGUUUCAUUGGCAGCCUAAAUACUAUUAAACGCUAAAAUUGUGGUUUUAUUAUUAUUCUGACUAUAGCGCCUAAAGUCACCAGCUCUCAAUGGGUUGAUAUUAGGAUGCAAAACUCUAAAUCAUAAGCCAAAUUUUGCUUUUGUUAAGCUUAAAUGUAACUGUUUAUGAAUUAUAGCAAUUGAGAGGUCAGAAUUUACUCAUUAAUCAGGAACUCAUCAGAUUGAAGGCAUAUUUCUAAAUUUCUGUCUGUUUCUUAGAUAAACUCACAUUCUCCUGUGUGGCAGCUUUCCAAAAGACACAAUAGUGGAAACAAUCAAUCAGGUUUCGGGGGGUUAUACUCAUGGAUCUGCUCUGCUGAGUGUCAUUGUGUGACCUGAUGUACAUUGUCCCGCCGUGAACUUGCCUUUGGGAAUACAUGUUACUUACACACAGCGUAGCAACAGCACAGCAGCAACCGGUGACAGGAUUUGGCACAGUUUCAACAGCGAGAUGUGGUGAUGGGGGAGAGCAGUUGCGGGGGCUCUCUGAUCCUCUGAUCCCCUCUCCCUCCCACCGGUGGUCGAGGACCCCUUGUCUCUGUCAAUGGGCCCUGUAUGGAUUUUGUGCCUGAGUUGACACAGGGUAGGCCUACAGCGUCACACAGCAGUCAGGCCGCCAUGAACCCAUACGGCAGAGUGAGUAGCACAGCAGCCCCCCUGUCCUGCACCAGCUGUGGGGACUGCUGCUCCCCGCCUCCCCCUUGCCUAAUCCCACCCUCUUCUACUACCUCUACCUCCAUGCCUCCAAACAUGACCCCUCCGCCGCCGAUGUGUCCGGCCCCAAUGGUGCAGGUGGAGAACGGCAGCAGCUGGAACUCCUCCACCAUCUCCUCCUCCCCGGACUCUCACCCUGGUCACUGCUGUGGCGCCAAUAACCCCAACCCCUACUGGACAGCGGUGUUCGACUACGAAGCCACAGCAGACGAGGAGUUAACCCUGCGGCGUGGGGACCUCCUUGAGGUUCUCUCCAAAGACUCCAAAGUGUCUGGGGAUGAGGGUUGGUGGACAGGCAAGAUCCAGGACAAGGUGGGUAUCUUUCCGUGCAACUAUGUCACCAGGGGGGACACUGCCAACUACCAGCAGCUGACCGCAGGAGGGCUGGUGGCGGGCGGGGUGGGUGAGUGCCCCUUAGAAAUAGACUUCUCAGAACUGCUCCUGGAGGAGGUGAUUGGAGCCGGUGGGUUUGGGAAGGUGUACAAAGGAAUAUGGCGGGAUGAAGAAGUAGCAGUAAAGGCUGCCAGGCAAGACCCGGAUGAGGAUAUUAGUGCCACAGCAGAGAGCGUGCGGCAGGAGGCCAGGCUGUUCUGGAUGCUCCGGCACCCCAACAUAAUCGCUCUGCGUGGGGUCUGCCUGCGGGAGCCCAACCUGUGCUUGGUGAUGGAGUAUGCUAGAGGGGGAGCUCUGAAUCGAGCGCUUGCUGGAAAGAAGGUUCCCCCGAGGGUUCUGGUGAACUGGGCGGUCCAGAUUGCCACCGGGAUGGACUACCUGCAUAACCAGGCCUUUGUACCCAUCAUCCACAGAGACCUCAAGUCCAGCAACAUACUGAUCCUGGAACCAGUGGAGCGGGACGACUUAGGCGGGCGGACCCUGAAGAUCACAGACUUCGGUCUGGCCAGAGAGUGGCACCAGACCACCAAGAUGAGUGCAGCAGGGACGUACGCCUGGAUGGCCCCAGAGGUCAUCAAGCUCUCCCUCUUCUCAAAGAGCAGCGACGUGUGGAGUUUCGGUGUGUUACUGUGGGAGCUGCUCACUGGCGAGGUUCCUUACCGGGAGAUAGAUGCGCUGGCGGUCGCUUACGGUGUUGCCAUGAACAAGCUGACACUCCCCAUUCCUUCAACAUGUCCUGAACCUUUUGCUCUGCUGUUGGCAGAGUGCUGGAGCCCGAACCCCCGCAGCAGGCCGUCCUUCACCAGCAUCCUGCGGCGGCUGCUGGCCAUCGAGCAGUCGGCCAUGUUUCAGAUGCCUCUGGAGUCGUUUCACUCGUUACAGGAGGACUGGAGGCUGGAGAUCCAGCAGAUGUUUGACGAGCUCAGGGCCAAAGAGAAGGAGCUGAGGUCCUGGGAGGAGGCGUUGGCUCGAGCAGCUGAGGAGCAGAGGGAGCAGGAGGAGCAGCUGAGGAGGAGAGAGCAGGAGCUGGCGGAGAGGGAGAUUGACAUCGUGGAGCGAGAGCUGAACAUCAUCAUCCACCAGAUGUACCAGGAGAAACCGAGUGUGAAGAAGAGAAAAGGACACUUCAAGAAGAGCCGAUUAUUGAAACUCGGCCGAGACAGCAACUGCAUCAGUCUGCCCUCUGGCUUUGAGCACAAGAUCACAGUCCAGGCGUCUCCCAGUGUAGACAAGAGGAAGAAUCAGGGGAGUGAGAGCACAACGCCGCCUGCCAGCCCAGGGGUCAUACCCCGCCUCAGAGCCAUAAGAUUGACACCGAGUGACGGCAGUAAGACGUGGGGCCGCAGCGCUGUGUGUAAGAAGGAAGACCUGUCCACCAGCAAGAAGAAAGGACGCACCUGGGGUCCAAGCUCCACCCUCCAGAAGGAGAGGGUCGGCGGGGAGGAGAAACUGAAGUCGCUCGGUGAGGGAUGCAAAGUUUGGUCGUCCAGUGCACCAAAUCUGGGCAAGUCCCCCAAACAUGCACCCAUGACCGCGGGCUUCUCCAGCCUCAACGAGAUGGAGGAGUGCUGUGAGUUUGAGGAGUCACCGGGGUCCCUGCUGCCCUCAGAGACCAGCAGUAACGGAGCUGUGGAGGACUCGGGGUCCCUGUGGAGCAGCCUGGGGCAAAACACGUUGCCUAUUGUUGUUAACACCAGUUCCUGUCAGGUGCCUGUUGGGCUGGGGACGGGGGUUAGCUACCAGGACUCGCUGCGUCGCUGCGGCCAGAGGAAGAAGAGCGAUAUGUUGCUUUUGGGUUGUGCCUCUCUGCUCGCGUCUGUUGCCCUCGGACAAGACCUGCUGCAGCUGGGAAAACUACAGGUGCUCCAGGAUGAGCAGGACCUCAGAGAGGAGCAACGGAAGAAGAAGGAGGGCCUUUUUCAGCGGACGGGACGUUUCCGUCGCAGCACCUCUCCCCCCAGCAGAAACCUCUCCCUGUCCCUCUCCAGGCAUCACGACUCUGCGCUCCCCUGCAUGGACCCUUCUCCCUCCGUCACACUCCUCUCACUGUCCUCUCUGUCUGACUGCAACUCCACCAAGUCCCUUCUUCCCUCUGACCCAGACGAGUACCCCCUGACCCCAAUAACGGGGGUCAAAACCCCGGCGGCGCCACCAGCUCCCACCCUCAAUCCCCUCCUGGACUUGCGGGCAGAGAAGUUCAAAAAGGAGCCCAACCAGUCGCUCACGCCCACCCACGUGUCUGCAGCCAUGGCCAUGAACAGGGGCCACAGACGGACCCCCUCAGACGGGGCGAUACGACCCCGAGCUCAAACUCUGGGACACCGGAGGACGCCGUCAGAUGGGAGCAUGCCCAUGCCUCCUCCACCGGGGGCAACACACUUCAUUAACAAAGGAACGCAGGACACCCUGGACAUCCCCCGCCUCCCUGACCCCUCCGCCAUCUUCCCGGUCCCCCACAGGCGUAAAGCGCCCGCACCACCGAUCCCGGACCAGUUUCCUCUCUGCCUCAUCAGCCCCCUGGAGCGACCCAAGACGCUGGAGUUUGCUCCCCGGCCGCGGCCCACCCCGGCCAGGAUGAGAGCCGACCCCUGGAAGCUGGGCUCUCUCUCCCGGACCCUAAGCUCGUCGCCGGGCAGCAGCUGCGACAGCCCCCUCGGUUCAGGGGACAGCAGCGCCAGCACCACGAGACCCAACCUGAUGGACAUGGACAUGGAGGGACAGAGUUUGGACCACACUGUCCCUCUGUGUGGACAGCGGAAGCCUGCCACUCUGUGUGGACAACAGUACUUGUAGUGAAACUUUUCUGCGUCAGAGCGUUGGCUAAAUGCCUACUGAUGUCUGAGCCGAGCAAAGUGCAAAAACAUCCCACUUCUUGUUUUGGGCACUUACUGGAAGCCAUUCCUCUCAUAAGGUGUGAAACCUUUACAGCGAGCCUUUCCCUGAUAGCGCUCUCUAACCUGCACGACACUGAGGGUCCUAGAGGCCUUUUAAAAGCCUUGUAGUGUGCACACCCACAUACCUUACCCCACACCUCUCCCUCCCUCAUGGAAGCAGCACGACCAGGACACACUCACGACCAUCAAAAGCCAUUCAAGUACUUAAAAAGCCACUUUUUUGCCACCUGUUCAUUCAUCUGCUCGUGCUUUUGCUUUUGUCUGUGUAGCACUUUCUGCUCGCAUCUCUCACUCCAGACAUUCACAUUUCACCUCAUAGUUGAUAAAAAACAGGAGCCAGACUGCUUAAAAUCCUUUGAAACCUGAGCAAAUCAGCUUGUUUUUUUUUUUCAAAAACA